UUAUGGUAAUAUUUGUCAUUAAGGGGAUGUUUGUUUUUUGUAUGAAGAUCCGCGCAAUCACUUUUGUCUGCGCCGCGCAGACAUAUGCCCUUCCAGAUUUUUUGUUUUUUGAAAGUGCGCAGAUCAGAAAAUGUCUGCGCGAGAUCUUCCUGGCGCAGACAUGGAUCACUGUCUUCAAAGAUCCACUGUGGAUUGUUUUGGGAUUUUAGGGCUUUCAAAGCAAAAGGUUCCAGUAACAACGAAUGUUAGGUUACAAGACCGCAUACCUGUUUUCGAUGCUUCUACAGGUUUGUUGCCAACUCUUAUUCAUCACUUCCUCAAUCACCAUAUAUCGUUGAUUUCGGUUCUAUUUGACAACCCACCUCCGCUGAAAAGUGAUGCAUACACGGACAAUAACAUGGCAGUGACCUCCGAUUACAGACCGGUCAUGGAGAAAUUCAUUCUCCCACCGUUGCUAACAACUUCUCCGGUGCAGUUGGCAUUCAGACGUGUCACUUUGCUGUCAAAGACAUGUAACUUUUCUCUUGAUCCUUCUCUCAUGGUCGUUGACUUUCAACCUCUCUUAUUAUUUGACAAGGAUGGAUACAUGAGUAGAUUUGAGAAUCCAGAUUGGUUGAACACCCAUUUUGCUGCAACUUCCACAACUCCUGCUGUUUUGACCCAUAUGGAGUGUAGGUGCCACGUGUGA